CCGGCACAGUCAGUGACUUCCAUCUAGGACCUACCAUCAUCAUGUACACGAUCGUCGCUCUCUGUGCCGUCCUAGGGAUGAGCUUUGCCGCACCCCAGCAACCUCAGACCUCACCCAUCCCCAUCCUCAAGUCGGAGCAAGAGGGACCCAACCCAGACGGUUCUUACAGAUGGGCGUACGAGACAGGCAACGAGAUCGUUGCCGAGGAGAAGGGGUACGUUAAGAACGCAGGCAACCCAGAACAAGAGACCCAAGUGGCCGAGGGAUCCUACAGCUACACAGCUCCCGAUGGAACAAGGAUCUCCGUCACCUACGUCGCUGACGAGAACGGAUUCGUUCCUGUGGGAGACCAUCUCCCGACUCCUCCUCCAAUCCCAGAGGCCAUCCUCAAGGCUCUGGCCUACAUCGAGGCUCAUCCCGAGGAGAACGAGCUGGGAGCCGGCUCAGCGCCUCAACCCGCAGUAGCGAGACCUACCUACUGAAGAACUGAUCAGUGAACGACUCUCCAGAGAGAAUCGCUCAUUAGUGAACGAGUUCAAACGGACCAAAGUGAAGUGAUCCUGUGUCCUAACGAUUUACUCAUUGAGUUACGGCUUUGGAAUUGUGAUUUUGAUUUCAUAGCUGUAACUUGAAAAUCAAAAUAUUUAAAUCACGAUUUCAUCGAUUCCAUUGUAUUAUAUCUGUCCCCCUUUUGUAUCUUGACACGUCUAGUGUUGCGUGGUUUUUUAUAAAUAAAUGUUUAAAAACACUAUACAA